AGCCACCAUGGCUCCAGGCAUCCUGGCUUACGCGGCCCCGAUUGAAACGCGGCCUGCGCGCCCCCGCUCCCCUUCUCCUUACACCGCCAACUGAGGGCGGCAGGCUGGCUGCGCGCCAGGACCUCGCGCCGCCGCCGUCCCGCCUCGGCACUGACGCUCCGGAUGCCUCUGCAGCUGGCCUUGCGGGAGGCAGAGGCUCCAGCGGCCGCAGUUUACGCCCCUGACGCCGGCAUCGCCGGCCUGCAGCCACGGCACUCGCCCGCCCAUUGCUCGAGGACGGCCUUCUUCAACCCCUUGGCCAAGCUGGGGCCGUCAGGGACCGCUGGCCUCGGGGCCGCGGCGGGCGCAGGCAUCGGCGGACAGGUCAUGUUCCGAAUGUGCAUCAAGAAGUGCAAGGCCCCCCCCGCGUGCAUGGGCGUGAAGAACUGCGUGAUCAGCUGCGGCAACAAGUCGCACAUGGUCGGGGCGGCGGCCGCAGGCGCGGGCUCCCUGCUGGGCAACUUCGCCGGGAAGAAGGCUCAGGGUGGCGACAUGGGCCUCGACGAGUACACGGCGGGCCCCAUCUUCGCGCAGUGGAAGCGCGUCGAGGACCAGGAGCGGGGGGUGCGCUCCUGCAGGGCGUCCAGGGGCGCGGCCAGGUUCAUCGGGUUCCGAGCGUUCCUGAGCGUCGGCGGCGAGGGCUCGGUGGGGCAGGGGGCGGCUUUCCUGUCGUGACGUGAGCGCCCUGGCUCCGCUGGGUCCGGCCGCGUAUCUCCUCCUCCUCUUCCUCCUCCUCUUUUUCUUUCUCCUCGUCCUCUUCUCCCUGUCUUCUCCCUGUUCCGCUGGCGGUGCCGGCCGUGCACGUAGUUGUUCACAAACUGGCGGCGAAGAAAAAAUGGUUCGGUGUCCUCCUGCUCGUCCCCCCUCCCCCCUCUCCCUCCCGAGCGGGUGCACUCGAGAAACCCA